UGGAGGCAGACAUGGGCGGAGAGUGUAUGCAGUAGUGCGCAUGCGCAGUCUGUGAACAUGUCUGCCGGUAAUAUGCACAUGGGUUGUGCGGUGUACUGAUCGGGAUUUGGUGAUCGGUGACUUUUUGUAUCGGUUGAGGGUCUUCCAGACUCUGUGAUAAGCUUCACGCAAAUCGGUGUACCCGUACGUCGGCUUGAGGAAGUGGAUGUAUCGGGAUAUACCCUGCAGAUCUUUUUAGCCGAAGAAUAAAAAUAGAUUUCCACUAUGGAGCGUUUAGAAGAACAAUUUUCAGAUCUCCGCGUAGCAAAACGAUCGGCUAUGAAAGACAACAUGACUUACAUACUUGACAUUGGCAUGUCAAGCGCAGUGGUGGAGGCGCCAAAAAAUCAGGCAGUCGCAAUCUUGUGUUCUGAUAAAUCAAUUAGGUUAUAUAACAAGGAAACCAUGACCUGCCUUCAAGAAUAUAAUGCACACCCUGGAGUGCUGAGUGGUAUUUGCUUUUCUCACUCAAACAACAACCUGCUGUUUUCUGCAUGCAGUGAUGCCACUGUAAAACUGUGGGAUGUUAGAGCUUCUGGUUCAGAACCUGCGCAGAUAUUUAAUGGCUAUCCAGCAAAUGUUUUUAUUAGCUUUGAUAUUAGCUGCAAUGACCUUGUUUUGUGUGCCGGUACUGAAAAAAUCGACGACGAAUCUUUUCUGGUCUUCUGGGAUGCAAGAUAUAGUUCUAAAGGCGAUUCUAGAGAACCUCUUGGCAUCUAUUCCGAGUCCCACAAUGAUGACAUCACUCAAGUGCGCUUUCAUCCAAACAAUCCAGGCCUGAUGGCAACGGGUUCCACUGAUGGCCUUGUUAACGUGUUUGAUAUUGCAGAGGAUAAUGAAGACGAUGCCUUGAGUUCCACUUGCAAUUCUGGUUCUUCAGUUAGUGUUGUCGGUUGGGCAGGCAAAGAUUACAACCAGAUUUAUUGCUUGACACAUGAUGAAGGAUUCUGUUGGUGGGAUCUUGCCCAGAUGGACACCGAUGAAUCCAUCACGCUUUGUAAAGUUGAGGAUAUGAGGGAAAAGGUCACCAGCUGUUCUAUUGACUAUCUCAUUGGUGGACUCUAUCAUGACAAAACAGAUUCUAUGUUUCUUGUGGCUGGAUCUCACACUGGUGAUAUCCAUCUGUUAAGCUGUGACUCUGAUAACCUGACGUAUUUAAAAAGUUUACAGGGAGGACAUACUGCCACUGUGCGGUCUUUCAACUGGUGUGUGGAUGACAACUCUUUACUAACUGGUGGAGAGGAUGCUCAGUUGCUCUUAUGGAAACUGAAAGCCAAGGACUUGUCCCCUGGAAAGAGAGACUCCAUGAAAAUGACUUCCGCGGUACAGCAGAGGGUUCGCGUGCACAGCUCCAAAUCUUAUUCCACAAAGCAAAAGAAAAACAAAGACGUAUAAUUAAAUCCCAUCUGAAAUGAGAAGCAAACUUCUAUUUUGUAAUAAUAUCAAAUGUUAUUUUGUAUAUGAAAUUACUGUUCGCUUUAUAUAUGCUGUAUAAUAAUUGCAUCAAUAUUAUGAAAGGGGACCUGUGUUAUAUGGCUCAGAUGGAAGCAGCCAUAUGCUAGCUCUGGGCAGUUUGGUAAACCUAGUUACUAAGUC